GUGAUGCUGAUUUGCAGAGGCUAGUACAGUGCCUGAGUGGUACAGGAUAGAGAGUGAGACCUUGGUAUGGCUGCUUAACACUGCACAGGCUACAGAGAGACUUGACCUGUCACAAAGCACAUAAUGAUUUUCCCUGUAGCAGCAACACUCUUAUAUCUGCAGAGGCAUGCAUGACUGCACAUACAGCCGCCACAACAUUUUGAACGUCAAUCUAGCUACAACAACAUUGACCGAGACUGGGUCGUGCCCAUCCGCGGGCAAGCGCAUAAAUUGCCCAUCUUUGCCAACAAGAAAACUGAAAUGAUGCCAAAUCCAGCAUCAUCAUAACCACCACCAUUGACUUCACCGACUCGGAAGCACGCAACAACACUAGCAACGGUAGCAACAAUAGCAAUUAAACGAUGGCCUCGCCGCUGGUGCUCCCCCUUAAACUGGACGCCUUUGUCCUGAACCCCAGCGCCUGCGAUGGCGAAGACGCCGACAAGGCCAAGAUAGCGCCGCUGGUCCAGCCAAAUUAUAGCCAUCUGCGUCUGAAGGACCCGAGGCUGCAGGAUUAUCGCACGCUGCAGAAUGAUGUCAUGCGACUGACUGAGCUUCACGCUGCAGCGCCUGCAUCCAAGAACCUGCGUGUGACAAAUGUCGGUGGGCCUGUCGACCAGGACAACACUCGCACCGAGCGCCUGGGCGUCUAUCUCCACUGGAUGAUCCCGCGAGUCUAUCGCUCUGGCGCAGCUGCCACCAACAAUGACAACACGAGAUCCAGAAAACGCAGGGGCCUGACCCCGCACCUGGGCCUGCAUCAGGAUUCUGACCCGGCGGCUCCGACCUUCCCAGAGACGCCAAACCGCUGGCUGGUCGUUCGAAAGCUGCAUGAUGGAUACAAGCCCGAGACGGCCGAUAUGGCCAAAGUGACGGCGUGGGUAGUUGCGAGUGACUGGAUGCACAAGAUCGACGAAUUCGACGAUACGGAAGUCCCAAAGCCGUACGACAUCGAGGCCACCUUCUCACCGUAUAUCGACACGAGUAGUCAAGCCGAAGGCGGAACACCGAGCAUCCAGGACCAGGCCGAGAUCUUCAUUGGCGAGCGCAGGAAGGCAUCGGAGUGGCAGGAGAGCGACAACAACGGCAAUUCGGUGUCUUUAGGCGUGCUGAAUUCAUCCAACCAGCUCUUCGCCGACUACCAACCCCACAACAUCAAUGUCUUCUCCAUGCUGGACAACUUUGAGAUCAAGGAUGGAGCCGAGUGCCUUACGUCGGCCACCGCUGACUACUACGUCUUGGGUUGGCAGAGUACGCCAGCCAAGGACAUUCUGCAUAUGGAGAGGGAUGCAGGCACAAGAGGAGAACGUCUGGACGCACUCUCGCUGGCCCUCCAUCAGGCAGACCGUGAUGACGUUCCCGAGGCAGUCAAAGAGUGGCUGAAGGAUGAAACGAGCGCACGGGUGCUCUGCCAUGGCGCCAUGUACAACGUAAAUUGGCACCGUGAGUGGGAUGAGGCAACUCGCCCUCACAUUCCCGCAGACGACGUAGCCGGGGCAUUCCAGGAGAAGAUGCCAAUUGCCGUGGGCACCACACCGCUUGAUUCCUUGCUUUCCUACGUCAGCGGGCAUCAGGAGGGGAUCGAGCACACCCUGGACCAGCUCAAUGACUUACUGCGCGCCCAGAGUGAGAAUAUUGAGGAUCGCCGCGCAGCUUCCGACGAGGUGCAGAACUACAACUUCUCCCACUUUGCCGGUGGAUCCCGUUACGUGCUCCAGAUUGACGAGCGCAACCCGGCAGCAGCGCCGGAGCAAGAGGAUGCCGAUCUGUUGGCCGAGCUGAACGAGAGCCAGGCUCUCUUCGACGCAACGACGCGGCAGAUCGAGCUACUCCAGUGGGAGCUAUUCUCCGUGUGGUGGAAGUUCUCCACGGAUUCGGAUAGGAGUGACGAGGAUGCCGAUGGUGCGUACAAGGCGACCGUCGAGGAUCUGAAAACGAGGAUAGGCCAGUUGCUCAGCUUGCAAGAGCAGCAGCAAAUACGUCUGGACGAAGGUAAAGAUGAGAUAGAGAAGAGAGAUCUGUCGCUGAAGGAAGCCAUCACCCCUCAGUUCAACCAGCAAUUUGAUCCUACCCUGUUCGUUGGAAAUGUCCAAUCUGGCUGGCCCCUUGACUAUCUCAAUCCUCUCAAGGUUCGCCUAGACUUCCAGAUCCCCAGCUAUGAGUCUCGGCUGCGUGCCCGCGACGACGAAGACAAUUACGGCCUGCAUAGCCUUCCUGACGACUUGCAAAGAACGGCGAGCCUGUUAAUUGAUGAAUUUCUACACUAUGCCGAGUCCAAUGAAGAAAACGGUGACAGUGAUGACGACGAGGAUGAGGAAACCGCGCCACCUCUGUACCAUGAUGAUGAUCGUGAUCAAUGGAAAAACCAGCAACCCUGGUUCCCCUUGUUCCUCGAAUGGGAGGCUGAAUACUACCACAUCGACUACGCGAAAUGGGAGAUGGAAGAGAGCACUUCUUGGGGUUCUAAAGAUAAAAGAUUUCGGUACGUUAUUAGACAGGAGGAUUCAGAAAACCAGCAAUUGCCUCCACUCUGGGAACAGGAGAUCGAGGACCGCCGAACGGUGUCCGGGAGGAUCCUCCUAUUACCGCAGCCGGUAUUUUCGUUGCAGGCUGAGCUAAUGCAGCUCUUUGAUUCUGUCCCGGAGAAUCAAAUGCCUCUCACCCCAGAGGAACAGGAGCAGCUUUUGAAGGACAUCAUCGGUUUACCUUUUGUUUCCGCCCCCCUGGAUGGCUUCACCAACCAUCUCUUGACUCUCAAUGAGGGGAGCCAUUUGAAGCCAAAUGUACGAGUUCCCGGUGCCCAGCCCAUGCCUCUGGAAGAAGCCUACGAGGACUCUCAGACAAUCGGCAUCAACGCUGGCGAAGUCACCCUCAUGGGAAUGGAGACGGACUUGACUCCUUACGCAUCACUGACGAGAAUCCCACCGUCUGAAUAUUCUGCAUUUAAACCCGUGACCCACGGACAAUUUAAAUUUACCAAGCUGAAUAUCAUCGACAAGUUCGGACAAGCAGCUUGCGUAAUUGACCCCAGAAGAUUCGCUACCGGGCCACCUCCUGUGUUCCCUUGUAUCAGUGAGUACUAUCAGCCGCAGAUAUAUAAGAGUAAGUUGGCGGACUUACUUCCCAACGUUGUUGAAAAACCGGAAAAUGACGGAAAGAACGAAUUUGUCCAAAUGCCACCGGCUAUGAACCAGCCAUCUCGUCUGCAUAUGGACUUUGUCACCUUUGAUAAUAGCGAUGGCGAUAAUGACUGGCGUCCAGUCACCGAGUGGGAAAAUCCAAUUUGGGGCUGGGUGCUGGUCAACUACGUCGACUAUGGAGUCCAGUUCUUCCUCCACGACGGAACCUUCUAUCGUGAGGUACGCGUGGCGGCACCCAACAACCCUGAAGGCACCGUAGCGAUGGACAAAUGGUUGCCGUUCAAGCCUCCCAAGGGCUCUCAUGUCCCCCGACAGAUGGAUCACCUCAUCGAUCAGUUUACUGGGUCCGAGAAGGCCCGCGAGUAUCUCCUCGCAUUCAUGAAUCUCAUUAAUCGUGCAACCGAGAACUCGCGUUCGGUUCCGGGAGCGUAUAGCGAAUGUGUCAACUCUCUGAUCGGCAGACCUCUCGCAUUGGUCAAUGUUGGACUCUCUCUCGAGCUGGCCACGGACAUCAAGAAAAACCAGUCGACACAGGGCAAUCAGCCGAAUAUAAAGCCUCCUUAUUCGCUGUUGCCACCUAGUGAUAAUGAUAGCGGCGACGGUGGUGAUGGUGAGGAACCAGAAGAACCUACCAUCCAAUAUAAGUUUCCUAUCAAACUGGGAGACGUUGACCGGCCUCAUGACGGCCUCGUUGGGUAUUUUCACGCUCGUGCCAGCCCCGAGGAGGAAAACGGGCUCGAAGUUGGUGAUCUUUACACGCCACUGCCGCCAAACGAGAAAUAUCCAACGUCACAAAUCCAUCAAGUCGACAAGGCUGAUUUCCCACGACUGAAGGCAUUCUGGCUGAAUCCCGCCGACUAUGGACACACUAAUAAAGCUAGCAAGGCUGCCAGAAGUUUCAUAGUCGAUCGAAACAACAUGCUAACUACGUUCGGCUUUAUCAUGGACCCAUUCGCGCCCGUCAAUGCCUACUCUAGUGUCCUCCCUAAUGAAAAACUCUCUCUGCCACCCUGGACCUGGGAGUCUGCUCUCAAGAGCAUGACUGCAUUCUUCCAUUUCGGUCCGCUGGUCGUUACCGAUGAUGUGGCAGGGUUUGACGCCGACAAGCAGCUCGAGUACGACUACAAGCUGUCCGAUGAGAGACAACAGAUGGCUGGAACAGUCAAGCUGCCGUCCCUGGCAGUAGCAGAAUGGAGCUGGCUCCAGCCCUACCCCGAUUCCGCAAACUCUGCUACUUCGAGGAAUACCAAUUAUAAUGACGGCGACGAUGAGGACACAGAGAAAUAUAUGGCAUUCAGCGUUGGAAAAAUUGAUCCGGUGCCUACGUGGGAAAAGGGCCCAUUGACUGCGAUCGAGGGAUUCCUUCAGAUGACGAAAUCGGUUACAAAGCCUGAUUCUGAAGAACAUGACACAAAGUAGAGAAGGUGAAAAAUAGCUACGAAUUAUCAAAAUGGGUGACUGCUGGUCUGUUGGACCUUCAGAAUUGUCUGUCAUUUCCUCAUUUGGAUUUAGUAUAAAUUUCAAAUUUCCAAGCAACGUAUUUACAAAAUUAUCUUCGUUGCUGUUAAGUCAAUGUAGACCCAUCAGCAAA